AUGCAUCCACCAAACCCCGCCGUUGGCCUCAUCCGCGACAUGUGGUUUGACCCAGCCUCGUUGCAGCAUUUUCCAGCCUCGCUAUUAUCCGAGGGUGUCUGGCUAGGAGAUUCUGCUCCUGUUGAUUCGUGCUCUGUCGCCAAUGAAAUUGACGGCGGUGUCGACAACGACGACCAGAACGAUGGUAGCAAGGCCAAUAUACCUGACGGAACCAGCAUAGCAACCAUGACGUCGCGAACCUCGGCUGGCCUGGAACGUCUUCCCAAUGAAGUGCUGCUUCAUGUUCUGGGUUUUUUGGAUGUUAGUGAUUUACUUGCAACAUCUAGGCUGCAGAGUAAUCAUCUCCUUCGAAGCCUGUCACUGGCUCCUAUUCUUCAUCACUACCGGCUUCAACGUACUCGUCAAAUCCUACCUCCACUACUCUCAUCUCCGACUCGACCUACAAUUGCGGACCUCAUUUCUCGUUCCAUCUUUCUGACGCAUACUUCGAUUGUAUCUCGCCGGCUAGCCUGGUCACUCGUCUCUAUUCGCCUGUCCCGGAGACUUGCGGCUCGUCCGUCUGCAGAAGCGCUCGUUCAGCGUUGUGUGCUCCCGAAGGAAUGCGUACCUGGCAUGUCGUCAGUUCACAUUGCACCAGCAUUGGUGGCAAAAAGGAAGGCCAUUGAAAAGGAGAAGGUCAAGGACGGGCUCAGACGCUGGAUUGCAGCAAAGUGGAGGGGCGAGUCGUGGAGAUCAAAUACCCCUUCGUUGAGGACUUUUAUCGCGGGGGCGAAUAGGGAUGUCUUACUUUUCGGACCACGGAGGAAAUGGUGCAAUUUCUGGGCGUUUUUGGGUCGACCAUAUGAGUGCUUCAUGUAUGAUGACUCGGAAGCUUGA